AUGGUCAACUUCGCCGCUGCCGCUCUCGCCUGCUUGGCCAUGACUCCUCUCAUCGGAGCGUUCCCCACCAACUCGACCCUCUUGAAGGCUGCUCACCACAACGGUACUCACCACCACGUCGCCCGCUCCAACCUCACCGCUGCCGAGCACUUCCUUGAGCCCAUCAAUGGAACCCACCACCACUUCACUAGAUCCAACACCACUCUGCUGAGAGACUUCCACCACAACGGCACUCACCAUUCCCCUGGCUUCCGUGAGUCUCCUCGACCAAGGACUUGGUUCCGAAACAAUGAUCUAACAUGGGCAUAG